UCAGAUCCUAACGUCUGCUGUCGGUGGCUCGGUCGUGUGAGUCCCAGUUGUGUCUGUGGAUCUUCUUCAGUGUGUCUUUACCUUCAGGAUGAAGGUGUGUGUCCUCCUGUUGUGUGUGUGUUGUCUCUGCUGGAGCACGGAGGCUCAGUCCAGAUCGUAUCUGGUGACCGCUCCUCGCUCCUGGCGUCUGGACGCUGAGGAGACAGUGCUGCUGCAGCUGUUUGGGUUUUCAGAGGAGAAGAGGGUCUACGUGUUUUUGAAGACCUCCAUGGCUCCGGAUCAUGUGGUUCUAACUCGAGAGGUCGUGACCCUCAACACUCAGAACCACCAUCAGGCUGCCGCCAGAGUCCGGCUGUACCCGAGUCAACUGGAUAAGACUGUGACACAUGUGAUCCUCCACGUCCAAUCAGAAGAGAUCAACCAGCACCGGUCGAUCCCUGUCAGCCGCUCCAACGGCUUCCUGUUCAUCCAAACGGACAAACCGCUGUACACCCCCCACCAGCAUGUCAAAGUUCGGGCGUUCUCCCUGAACCAGGAGCUGGGACCGGCCAAUCGCAGCGUCUUCCUGACCUUUAAGGACCCGGAUCAUACGACAGUGGACAUUGUGGAGAUGUUUGAUUUGAAUAAUGGAAUCCCAUCUAUGCAAAACCCUUUCAAGAUCCCCAUCAAACCAAAGUUGGGGAUCUGGUCCAUCGAUGCUUCCUACUCAGAUGACUUCACCACCACAGCGAGGACGGACUUUGAAGUUAAAGAAUAUGUUCUUCCCAGUUUCUCCAUCCUCCUGAAGCCGGGAGCAAGUUACAUCAGCUAUGGAACUUUCAACAGAUUCAGCUUCAAGGUCUCAGCCAGGUAUCUGCACGGGGCGCCGGUGGCCGACGGCGAGCUGUUCCUGCGAUACGGCUACGUCAGCGGGAAGACUCCUCCGGUCAUCAUCCCCAACUCCGUCACCAGGGAGAGAUUGUCCUCCACAGGGGAGGUGGAUGUGACAGUGAACUGUGAGAAGGUUCUGUCCAGAGACCUCAGCAGCCUGAUGGGGAAGUACCUGUACAUCGCUGUGCUGCUGAAGGAGGACUCAGGUGGUAUCUCUCAGGAGGCGGAGUUUGCUGCCGUGAAGUUCGUCAAAUCACCUUACCGACUGAGCCUGGUGUCCACGCCCCCUUUCAUCAAGCCUGGACUUCCUUAUAACAUCCAGGUGCUGGUGAAGGAUCACCUGGACCAGCCGGUGAACCGGGUUCGGGUGCAGCUGGUGGAGCGACAGCUGCUCCGCCAGGGGACGACCACGGAGGACAUGCCCUGUCCCGACAGCGCCAGCAGCCAAUCAGACGGCCUCGCUGUCUUCAUCUGCAACCCCCCCCGGGAAGCCGAGCGCGUGAUGCUGAAGUUUGAGACGGCUGACCCCGCCCUCCCGGCCGCCAGUCAGGUGAGUCUGAGUUUACACGCGGCGGCGUAUCACUCCCCGAACCAGCGCUACCUGUACAUCGACCCCCCCCUGCCGGGCCGCGGCCUGGCAGCGGGACAGUACGCCAACAUCCAGGUGUACUCGGCCACGCCCUCCUACCUGCCUGUCGGCGCCCUCAGCUACCUGGUGCUCUCCAAGGGGAAGGUGGUGGCGUUCGACAGCCACAAGUUCGUCCCCAGCGGCGACAACAAGCACACUCUGAGCUUCAAGGUGACGAGCGCCAUGGCGCCGUCCAUCAGGCUGCUGGUCUACUACAUCCUGUUUGGAGAGGGGACGUCCGAGCUGGUGGCCGACUCCGUCUGGUUGGACGUCAGAGACAAGUGUGUCAGUGGACUGCAGACUGAGCUCUCAGUUCGUAGGCGGAGCUACAAGCCAAAGGAAAAACUGCAGCUGGACAUCAGGACCAAUCAGGACGGACUUGUGGCUCUGUCUGCCAUAGACCCCGCCCUCUUCACACUGAGACCGAACUACAGAGACCCUGUUUCCACGGUUCUUCGCCACAUCGAGCAGAGCGACCUGGGCUGCGGUGGGGGGGGCGGCAAAGACAGUGCAGACGUUUUCCGAUUGGCCGGCCUCACCUUCAUCACCAAUGCCAACUCCCAGCCAUCAACCAACAGUGACACGUGCACAGCAGCGGUUCGUCCAAAACGAGCUGUGACUGAUGAGGAGAAGAAGAAGAAAGCCGAGAGUUACGGCUCUCUGAAGGUCUGCUGUGAAAAGGGGAUGAAGUUCAUCCCAAAGAGUGUGACCUGUCUCCAGUUCGCCGCCCAGCACCACAGGCUGCAGCCGCGCUGCCGGGAAGUCUUCAGGUCCUGCUGCGAGUUCAUCCUGCUGCACCUGGACCACAACCUGGUCCUGGGACGCCACGACAUGGGUGCAGACUUUGACCUGGCGCCCUCUCUGGUGCGGAGCUACUUUCCAGAGAGCUGGCUGUGGGAGGUGCAGAGCGUCAGUUCAGGUCAGGUGUCGGUCAGCAGGACUCUACCGGACUCUCUCACCUCCUGGGAGAUCAAGGCCAUCGGCAUGUUCAGGAACGGGUUGUGUGUUGACUCGGUGCAGGUGUCGGUCAGUAAGUCGUUCAGCGUUGACGUUCCGUUGCCGUACCAGGUGGUGAGAGGCGAGCAGCUGCAGCUGUCCGGCUCCGUGUACAACCACCAGCCCGACAGCAUCACGUACUGUGUGACACUGACGGCCGGACCAGAACUCUGUCUGCUCCAGUCAGAAGCUGGCGGGGGGGCGGGGCUGCGCUCCACGCCCUGCAGCUGGAGCCGCCUGUCAGCAGGGGGCGUCGGCAAAGUGACCUUCACCCUGAUGGGCCUGGAGCCUGGAGAGCACUCGCUGAUCUUCACCCUGAAGACCAAGCAAGGCAACAGAGACGUCCUGGAGAAGAAGCUCCGAGUGGUGCCUGAAGGGGUGAGGAGGGAGGAGUUCUCUGGAGGGAGACUGGACCCUCGGGGACUCUACGGUUCGGAGAAGAUGACGGUGACGCUGAAGAACAAACUGCCCACGAACAUCGUCCCCAACUCGGCUGUGGAGAGAAUGCUCACAAUCAACGGUGAAGUUCUCGGUGAGGUCUUGUCUGUGAUGCACAACCCUGAAGGCCUCAGACGACUUGUCAACCUGCCAGCGGGGUCAGCGGAGGCGGAGCUGGGGGGACUCCUCCCCCUCGUCCACGUGUAUCGGUACCUGGAGACCACGAGGAGCUGGGACGUCCUGGGACCGGACAUCCAGAAGAACUCAGCAGAACUGAGCCAGAAGAUCAGAGAGGGUCUGGUCGGCAUCAGCUCCUUCAGACUCGGAGACUCCAGCUACAGCAUGUGGAUCAAGCAGAAGCCCAGCACCUGGCUGACGGCCCUGGUGGUGAAGACGCUGUCUCUGGUGGACCAGGUGGUCCCGGUGGACCAUGAGUCUCUGUCCCACUCGGUGGCGUGGUUGAUCCACAGCGCCCAGCAGCGGGACGGCUCCUUCACCGACACGUCCUCCUUCAGACCCAACAAAGUCAUGGCAGCGGGCAGCGAUGUGGUCGAGCGGUCGGUGUAUCUCACCUCCUUCGUGUUGGUCUCCUUGAAAAGAGCGACGAGCAUCAGAGACCCGAUCCUGCAGCUCAGAUUUCAUGAUGACAGCAUUAGGUCCGCAGCAAACUACAUUUCCCAGCAUGCCCUAGGUGUCAAGAGUGUGUACGUGCGUGCGGUGGCGACCUUUGCUCUAACCCUUCAUGACCCCAACAGCAUGGCAGCCAAUCAGCUGCUCACCAGCCUGGAGCACCUGGCCCGGCAGAAAGGUCACCCUGCUGUACUCAGGUACUGGCAGGAGUCCAGCGUAGCAGCCGAUUGGCUGAAGCCCGACCAAUCCAGCGGUUUGACGGUGGAGGCGACAGCGUACGUCCUGCUCACCGUGUUACUCAAGGGGAGGAUCCAAUACGCCAACCCAAUCCUUUCCUGGCUGACACAGGACCAGCAUUACGGAGAGGGUUUCUACUCUGUCCAGGACACAGUGCUGACCCUGGAGGCCGUCGCAGAGUACCACAAAACUCUCCCUCGAGCCGUCCUCAAUCAAGACAUCAACAUACGUUACAGCAGGAAGGGGGCGCUAGCACGAGUCCAGCUCAGCCAGACCCGACCUGUGGCCACACCCAUUCAGGUGACGGAGGAUGAUGACAUCACUGUGAGCACAGGUUAUGGGCGGGGUGUGUCUAAUGUGAAGCUGAAGACGGUUUAUUACGAGACCAGCUCGUCCACGCAGGCGUGUAACUUCGAUGUUACCGUGGAGAUGGUUGGCCAAGGCGUCUCCGGAGAGCCCAGCAUGAGUCAUCCUCACCUGGUCGCCUGCGCAAAGUAUAAACCCCUUCCUAACGAGGUUCACACUGAGUCCAGUCUGACGGUGAUGAGGAUCCAGCUGCCGACCGGUGUGGACGGUUACCUUGACGACCUGAGACAGUUCAGAGACGCUGACGAGCCACUGAUCUCCCACUACGAGCUGCAAGGAAACACUGUGGUCAUUCAGAUGGACUCAGUUCCCUCGGACGUCUUCCUGUGCGUUGGUUUUCGGAUCAGAACCAGUUUCAGAGUGGGCGGAGCCAGUGAGUCUGUGCUCAGUGUCUACGAGCCUCAGGACAAAGGCAGCAUGUGCAGCAAACUCUUCUCCUACCAGGAGCAAAAGCUGCAGCGCCUCUGUGUGGGCGAAGAGUGUCAGUGCAUGACAGCUGCCUGCGCCACCUACAGGGGAAACGUGGACGUGACGCUGACGACGGCCAAACGCACAGAGGAGACCUGUCGACCGCACGUCAGAUACGCGUUCAAGGUGACGGUGAAGUCGUCAGCAGCCGACGGCGACUUCAUGACCUUCACAGCCUCCGUGGUGGAAGUCCUGAAGAACACAGAUAAAGCGUUUGAGGCGGUGAGUUCAGGUACAGAGGUGGAGCUGGUAAAAAAGAUCACCUGCAGCCAUGUGGACGUUCACAGCCACAAACAGUACCUGGUGACGGGAGCCAGAGGGUCAGAGGUCACGCUCAGCCACGGCCUCAGGUAUCGUCUCCCUCUGGACUCGGACACGGUGGUGGAGCUAUGGCCAACAGAUUGUAGUUCUCCCUCCUGUUUGGACUACGUGUCCCAGCUGGAGGACUUUGCUCUGGAGCUGCAGUUGUCCUCCUGUCCUGACGCAUCGUAACUAGAGAAAAGGACUUCUUUUGGCAACAGAUGGAGUCGCCGCCUGCUGGUCAUUAGGGAGAACACAGGCCUCAGCCACUUCUAUUUUCACGUCAGUUUAACCAGGAAAAAAUAAGAAAUAUGUUCUUGAUGCAGAAAAGUGAUUUUAAAGUUUAGCUGAUAAUAAAACAUUUGCAUCUAUAACAAACUAUGUUUUAUGUAUAACAAUAUAAAAACCUGUGUGUAAAUGGAACAAACAGAUUUUAAAGCUUCAAUAUCUGAUGAUUUUUAUGAGUUUCUUGUUACAUUAAAAUGUGUCUGAGAUCUUUAA